UCACAACUCCUCUCCCUCCAACCAAACACCGCCAUGUCAUUCUCCCUACCAAUAAAAUCACACGUUCCAAACAAAGCGCGUAAACCACCUCGUAUCUCCUAGCCCCACCACCACAACUCCCUCUCUCUCCUCCUCAAAACUUUCCGCCUCUCACGAUUUUCGUAAAUUCACUCACCAAACUUCCGCCCAACUCCCCAAAAAAUCUCCUACUUUCCCGAAUUACCCCUGCAUUGAGGUUAAAUUUUCACUGUCUACCUUCUUUCUUACCUACCCUGGCUAGUGGCUACCCCUUCUUAUUUGCAUCUCUACUUAAACGGAGUCGAGUAUCUCAGUACCGCGUAAGUUUCAGUGAAAUAGGAGAGGAGAGAGAAAAAAUGGGGGAAAUGGUGAGACUGGACUUACGUAACGAGGACGCUUCCGACGAACGCUUGCUAGACGGCGCGAGUCCCACUGGCUACGAUAAUGACAGUGGUGGCGCAACCGGUGACCAUUCAUGGCGGUUGAAUUUCGACUGUUAUCAGUUGUCUCCUGAGCAUAAGGAGAAACCGCCUCGGAAACUCCAUGAUUGUCUUGGCGUUUUAGGGCCAGAAGAUGAUGUGGCCGAGUAUUAUCAGCAGCAAGUAGAAAUGCUGGAGGGUUUUAAUGAAAUGGAUGCUUUGGCCGAGCGUGGGUUUGUUCCUGGGAUGUCAAAGGAAGAACGAGAAGAUUUGGCUAAAAGUGAAACAUUCGCUAUCAGGAUAUCAAAUAUUGCCAAUAUGAUUCUUUUCAUUGCCAAGGUUUACGCAUCCGUCCAAAGUGGUUCUUUAGCUAUCAUAGCGUCCACGUUGGAUUCACUUCUUGAUCUUCUAUCAGGGUUUAUACUGUGGUUCACUGCAUUUUCUAUGUCAACACCUAAUCCAUAUCAAUACCCAAUUGGAAAGAAACGUAUGCAGCCACUGGGAAUUCUUGUUUUUGCUUCCGUCAUGGCUACUCUAGGAUUGCAGAUUAUCUUAGAGUCAACUCGGCAGCUUUUAUCCGAUGAGAGUGAUUUUAGCUUGAAUAAGGAACAAGAAUUCUGGCUUGUGGGCAUUAUGCUGUCAGUUACUUUGGUUAAACUUCUAUUAGUCCUUUACUGCCGCUCUUUCACCAAUGAGAUAGUCAAAGCUUAUGCCCAGGAUCAUUUCUUUGAUGUGAUUACAAACAUUAUUGGCCUUAUUGCUGCUCUCCUGGCUCAUUACGUCAGUGACUGGAUGGAUCCUGUUGGAGCUAUCAUUCUUGCUUUGUACACUAUACGUACAUGGUCAAUGACGGUGUUGGAAAAUGUCAACUCAUUGGUUGGUAAAUCUGCUACGCCAGACUUCCUGCAGAAACUAACUUACCUUUGUUGGAACCACCACAAAGCCAUCCGGCACAUUGAUACAGUUCGGGCAUAUACUUUUGGAUCCCACUACUUUGUCGAGGUUGACAUAGUACUUCCUGCAAGCAUGCCUCUGCAAAUAGCCCAUGACAUUGGGGAAACUUUGCAAGAGAAACUCGAACUCUUACCUGAGAUUGAACGUGCUUUUGUUCACCUUGACUAUGAAUACACUCACAAACCUGAGCAUGCACAAGCCCAUCUGUAAUUGUUCGUGGCUGAAGAAAUGAUUGUUCGCUGGAUUUUAUCUGCUGUAAGUACGCUGGACAUGCUUUACGAGGAAGUUUUGAGAGGAAAUUCGAGUGGAUUUGGAGGGUAAGUUGUCUGACACUAAUGAAAGUAUUACAGAACAGUGCCGUAGAUAAUAUUUUGAAGUAGGAGUUGGCCUUGAAUUUAUGAAAUGGGUAUUAUGCAUUCUUUAACACCAAAAGAUCAAUGGUCUAAUUUUCGUUUUAGCAUCAUCUGAAGCAGUAUUGUAGAUUGGAUUGAAUUGGCGUAACUCUGGGCUGCGAAGUUGUCAAAUAUCUGAACAUCCUCGUUUUCAGGGAGUUAUGGUUGAUAUGUAUGGUGAAGUAAUCUGCUCUGUAACUUUUCAUAGUUCUUAACCGGUUAACUGGUUUCGAUGUGUACAUGUUAUCCCUGAAUUUCCAUGUAUCCAAAACUAGUUCCUUGGUAUGUAUAAAUUAUUUUACUUUGCAUUAA